AUGCUAUCGACAGCUGGGUUUGUUGACGGCGUUUUCACUGGAUGGGCAUCAAGGUUAGACGCUCUUAAACAUCCUGUAUUGCGCAAGCGCUGGCUUCUUGAAACCCAUACUGCAGUUGGUAAAUUGAUCAGAUACACCCCUUCAGAGACGAAUGGCCUAGCCCGCCGUGCUGGUGCGCAUGUGUUCCUCGGUAUCACCCUCAACUAUGAAUGA